AUGAUGACAGAUUUGCCUUUUCUUUGGUUCGUGUAGUUCGUUGAGAUUUUUCAUAUUCAUGAGUCAUGAGCCAUUCGUCUUGUUUAUAUAUUGCUGGCAAAUUACUUGGCAGCAAAAUAUGGAUAUGAAACGCCUAUAUAUGCUCCACCUUGAUGCGUUGAUUUUCAAACGUGUACCAAACAUGUCCACCUUCCAAACAGACCCCUUACAUCCACCAAUAGUCUCACAUGGUCUUGCUUCUCAAAUAGCCCUUCUUUGUGAAUAUUUAUAGUCAGGUCAUUUCCUUUGCCCUUUACCCAUCACAGGAUAAGCAUUCAUCACUUGAAUUCUAACAUUUCCUUCUCUCAGGAUCCAUCCCUUUAGUUUUAUAGAGCAACAGGAUGAUCGGUGCCAAGAAGCUUCUCAAAUUAGCAAGGAAAUGGCAAAAGCUUGCUGCUAUAAGGCGAAAAAGAAUCACAAUACCAGAAGGCAUUGGAAGUGUAGAGACGAACAGUGGUAGCACGUCAGCCAAGGGUCAUUUUGUCGUGUACUCUGCUGAUCAGAAACGUUUCUCACUUCCCCUGGCGUAUCUCAACAAUGAAAUUAUCCAAGAGCUACUCAAUAUAGCAGCAGAAGCCUUUGGAUUGCCAAGCAAAGGGCCUCUUACAGUGCCAUGCGAUGCAGAGUUCAUGGAAUAUGUCAUUGCUUUGAUCAAACAACAGGUUACUGGAGAUGUACAAAGAGCAUUACUCAUGUCUGUAGCUAGCUGCUGUUCAUUGUCUUUCUAUCUCCAACAUCAAGAAACAAGCAAUCAAAUACCAAUUUGUAGCUUCUGAAGAGUCAUCUUCAAAUUUGUAAACAAUGCAUACAUGUAUAUACAUACAUUUUUAAUCAGAA